ACCAACGAUGUCUUUGAAGGCUUCUUCACGAGAUUUAUUCAGCUUUACAAUAUUACUAGUAGUGCUCAGCCAAAUCAUACUCAAAAAAGCAGAGAGUGCCUCGGUUGAAAAAGUGCAUUUAAAAAGUGCGCAAGUGAAAAACAAUCUAAUUGAAUAUGACUCACAGUUUGGCCGAGAUACAAAAUUUAAUCAUAAAAAAACAACUAUAGCAAACGAUAUUACAUCUGCACAUGAAGAGAGAACAUCAGCCGCACAUUCGACUUUUGCACCUGCGGAGAGCACCACAGCUGGGGACAAUACGACUUCUGCUCCGGAAGAAAAAAACACAUCUGAGGACGAUACUACUCGUUCUACUUCUGAAGAAAGCACAAAAGCUAAUGAUUCGACAUCUGCAGCCCCUGAUAUAAGCACCACAGUUCAAGAUUCGACAUCUGAACCUGAAGAAAGCACCACAGCUAAGGACGACUCUACUUCUGCUCCUGAAAAAAGCACCACAGCUGAAGGGGAUUCUACUGCUGCUCCUGAAGAAAGCACCACAGCUGAUAAUUCGACAUCCAAACCUGUAGAAAGCACUACAGCUGAGGAGGAUACUACUUCUUCUUCUGAAAAAAGCACAACAGCUGAAGGGGAUUCUACUGUUGCUCCUGAAGAAAGCACCACAGCUGAAAAUUCGACAUCCAAACCUGUAGAAAGCACUACAGCUGAAGGAGAUUCUACCUCUGCACCUGAUGAAAGCACCACAGCUGAAGAUUCGACGUCUGAACCUAAUGAAAGUACCACAACUGAGGUCGAAACUACUUCUUCUCCUGAAGAAAGCACCACAGCUGAAGAUUCGACAUCAGAGCCUGACGAAAGCACCACAGCUGAAGAGGAUUCGACGUCUGAACCUGAAGAAAGCACUUCAGCUGAAAGCGAUUCUACUUCUGCUCCUGAAGAAAGCACCACAGCUGAAGAUUCGGCAUCUGAGCCUGAAGAAAGCACCACAGCUGAAGGCGAUUCUACUUCUGCUCCUGAAGAAAGAACCACAUCUGAAGAUUCGAGUUCUACUGCACCGGAGAUAAGUACCACAGGUGAAGAUUUGACAUCUGAACCUGAAGAAAGCCCCACAGCUGAGGACGAUUCUACUUCUGCUCCAGAAAAAAGCACCACAGUUGAAAAUUCGACAUCCGAGCCUGAAGAAAGCACUACAGCUGAAGGCGAUUCUACUUCUGCUCCUGAAGAAAGCACCACAGCUGAAGAUUCGGCAUCUGAGCCUGAAGAAAGCACCACAGCUGAAGGCGAUUCUACUUCUGGUCCUGAAGAAAGCACCACAGCUGAAGAUUCAACUUCCGCGGCAACUGAGAUAAGCACCACAGCUGAAGAUUCGACAUCUGAACCUGAAGAAAGCACCACAGCUGAGGACGAUUCUACUUCUGCUCCAGAAAAAAGCACCACAGUUGAAAAUUCGACAUCCGAGCCUGAAGAAAGCACUACAGCUGAAGGCGAUUCUACUUCUGCUCCUGAAGAAAGCACCACAGCUGAAGAUUCGGCAUCUGAGCCUGAAGAAAGCACCACAGCUGAAGGCGAUUCUACUUCUGGUCCUGAAGAAAGCACCACAGCUGAAGAUUCAACUUCCGCGGCAACUGAGAUAAGCACCACAGCUGAAGAUUCGACAUCUGAACCUGAAGAAAGCCCCACAGCUGAGGACGAUUCUACUUCUGCUCCAGAAAAAAGCACCACAGUUGAAAAUUCGACAUCCGAGCCUGAAGAAAGCACUACAGCUGAAGGCGAUUCUACUUCUGCUCCUGAAGAAAGCACCACAGCUGAAGAUUCGGCAUCUGAGCCUGAAGAAAGCACCACAGCUGAAGGCGAUUCUACUUCUGCUCCUGAAGAAAGAACCACAUCUGAAGAUUCGAGUUCUACUGCACCGGAGAUAAGUACCACAGGUGAAGAUUUGACAUCUGAACCUGAAGAAAGCCCCACAGCUGAGGACGAUUCUACUUCUGCUCCAGAAAAAAGCACCACAGUUGAAAAUUCGACAUCCGAGCCUGAAGAAAGCACUACAGCUGAAGGCGAUUCUACUUCUGCUCCUGAAGAAAGCACCACAGCUGAAGAUUCGGCAUCUGAGCCUGAAGAAAGCACCACAGCUGAAGGCGAUUCUACUUCUGCUCCUGAAGAAAGAACCACAUCUGAAGAUUCGAGUUCUACUGCACCGGAGAUAAGUACCACAGGUGAAGAUUUGACAUCUGAACCUGAAGAAAGCCCCACAGCUGAGGACGAUUCUACUUCUGCUCCAGAAAAAAGCACCACAGUUGAAAAUUCGACAUCCGAGCCUGAAGAAAGCACUACAGCUGAAGGCGAUUCUACUUCUGCUCCUGAAGAAAGCACAACAGUUGAAGAUUCGACCUCCGAACCUGAAGAAAGCUCGACAACUGAAGGCGAUUCUACUUCUGCUCCUGAAGAAAGCACCACAACUGAAGAUUCGACGUCUGACCCUAAUGAAAGUACCACAACUGAAGUCGAUACUACUUCUGCUCCUGGAGAAAUCACCACAGCUGAAGAUUCGACAUCAGAUCCUGAAGAAAGCACCACAGCUGAAGAUGAUUCUACUUCUGCUCCUGAAGUCACCACUACAGCUGAUGACGAUACUACUUCUGCUCCUGAAGAAAGCACCACGGAUGAAGUUUCGACAUCUGAACCUGAAGAAAAUCCCACGGCAGAGGACGAUUUUACUUCUACUCCUGAAGAAAGCACCACAGCUAAGGACGAUUCUUCUUCUGCUCCUGAAGAAAGCACCACAGCUGAAGAUUCAACUUCCGCGGCACCUGAGCUAAGCACCACAGCUGAAGAUUCGACGUCUGAGCCUAAAGAAAGCACUACAGCUGAAGGAGAUUCUACUUCUGCUCCUGAAGAAAGCACCGCAGUUGAAGAUUCGACAUCCGAGCCUGAAGAACGCACCACAGCUGAAGAGGAUUCUACUUCUGCUCCUGAAGUCACCACUACAACUGAUGACGAUACUACUUCUGCUCCUGAAGAAAGCACCACAGCUGAAGUUUCGACAUCUGAACCUGAAGAAAACUCCACGGCAGAGGACGAUUCUACUUCUACUCCUGAAGAAAGCACCACAGCUGCGGACGAUUCAUCUUCUUCUCCUGAAGAAAGCACCACAGCUGAAGAUUCGACUUCCGCGGCACCUGAGAUAAGCACCACAGCUGAAGAUUCGACCACCACAGCUGAAGAGGAUUCUACUUCUGCUCCUGAAGUCACCACUACAGCUGAUGACGAUACGACUUCUGCUCCUGAAGAAAGCACCACAGCUGAAGUUUCGACAUCUGAACCUGAAGAAAACUCCACGGCAGAUGACGAAUCUACUUCUACUCCUGAAGAAAGCACCACAGCUGCGGACGAUUCAUCUUCUUCUCCUGAAGAAAGCACCACAGCUGAAGAUUUGACUUCCGCGGCACCUGAGAUAAGCACCACAGCUGAAGAAUCGACGUCUGAACCUGAAGAGAGCACUACAGCUGAAGGCGAUUCUACGUCUGCUCCUGAAGAAAGCACCACAGCUAAAGAUUCGACUUCCGCGGCAACUGAGAUAAGCACCACAGCUGAAGAUUCGACAUCUGAACCUGAAGAAAGCACCACAGCUGAGGACGAUUCUACUUUUGCUCCAGAAAAAAGCACCACAGUUGAAAAUUCGACAUCCGAGCCUGAAGAAAGCACCACAGCUGAAGAGGAUUCUACUUCUGCUCCUGAAGUCACCACUACAGCUGAUGACGAUACUACUUCUGCUCCUGAAGAAAGCACCACAGCUGAAGUUUCGACAUCUGAACCUGAAGAAAACUCCACGGCAGAGGACGAUUCUACUUCUACUCCUGAAGAAAGCACCACAGCUGAGGACGAUUCAUCUUCUUCUCCUGAAGAAAGCACCACAGCUGAAGAUUCGACUUCCGCGGCACCUGAGAUAAGCACCACAGCUGAAUAUUCGACGUCUGAACCUGAAGAAAGCACUACAGCUGAAGGAGAUUCUACUUCUGCUCCUGAAGAAAGCACCACAGCUGAAGAUUCGACUUCCGCGGCAACUGAGAUAAGCACCACAGUUGAAGAUUCGACAUCCGAGCCUGAAGAAAGCACUACAGCUGAAGGCGAUUCUACAUCUGCACCAGAUGAAAGCACCACAGCUGAAGAGGAUUCUUCUUCUGCUCCUGAAGAAAGCACAACUGUUGAAGAUUCAACCUCCGAACCUGAAGAAAGCACGACAACUGAAAGCGAUUCUACUUCUCCUCCUGAAGAAAGCACCACAACUGAAGAUUGGACAUCUGAACCUGAAGAAAACUCCACGGCAGAGGACGAUUCAUCUUCUUCUCCUGAAGAAAGCACCACAGCUGAAGAUUCUACUUCCGCGGCACUUGAGAUAAGCACCACAGCUGAAGAUUCGACGUCUGAACCUGAAGAAAGCACUACAGCUGAAGGAGAUUCUACUUCUGCUCCUGAAGAAAGCACCACAGCUGAAGAUUCGACUUCCGCGGCAACUGAGAUAAGCACCACAGCUGAAGAUUUGACAUCUGAACCUGAAGAAAGCACCACAGCUGAGGACGAUUCUACUUCUGCUCCAGAAAAAAGCACCACAGUUGAAAAUUCGACAUCCGAGCCUGAAGAAAGCACCACAGCUGAAGAGGAUUCUACUUCUGCUCCUGAAGUCACCACUACAGCUGAUGACGAUACUACUUCUGCUCCUGAAGAAAGCACCACAGCUGAAAUUUCGACAUCUGAACCUGAAGAAAACUCCACGGCAGAGGACGAUUCUACUUCUACUCCUGAAGAAAGCACCACAGCUGAGGACGAUUCAUCUUCUUCUCCUGAAGAAAGCACCACAGCUGAAGAUUCGACUUCCGCGGCACCUGAGAUAAGCACCACAGCUGAAGAUUCGACGUCUGAACCAGAAGAAAGCACUACAGCUGAAGGCGAUUCUACUUCUGCUCCUGAAGAAAGCACCACAGCUGAAGAUUCGACUUCCGCGGCAACUGAGAUAAGCACCACAGUUGAAGAUUCGACAUCCGAGCCUGAAGAAAGCACUACAGCUGAAGGCGAUACUACCUCUGCACCAGAUGAAAGCACCACAGCUGAAGAGGAUUCUUCUUCUGCUCCUGAAGAAAGCACAACUGUUGAAGAUUCAACCUCCGAACCUGAAGAAAGCACGACAACUGAAAGCGAUUCAUCUUCUUCUCCUGAAGAAAGCACCACAGCUGAAGAUUCGACUUCCGCGGCACCUGAGAUAAGCACCACAGCUGAAUAUUCGACGUCUGAACCUGAAGAAAGCACUACAGCUGAAGGAGAUUCUACUUCUACUCCUGAAGAAAGCACCACAGCUGAGGACGAUUCUACUUCUACUCCUGAAGAAAUCACCACAGCUGAAGAUUCGACAUCAGAUCCUGAAGAAAGCACCACAGCUGAAGAGGAUUCUACUUCUGCUCCUGAAGUCACCACUACAGCUGAUGACGAUACUACUUCUGCUCCUGAAGAAAGCACCACAGCUGAAAUUUCGACAUCUGAACCUGAAGAAAACUCCACGGCAGAGGACGAUUCUACUUCUACUCCUGAAGAAAGCACCACAGCUGAAGAUUCGACUUCCGCGGCACCUGAGAUAAGCACCACAGCUGAAGAUUCGACGUCUGAACCUGAAGAAAGCACUACAGCUGAAGGCGAUUCUACUUCUGCUCCUGAAGAAAGCACCACAGCUGAAGAUUCGACUUCCGCGGCAACUGAGAUAAGCACCACAGUUGAAGAUUCGACAUCCGAGCCUGAAGAAAGCACUACAGCUGAAGGCGAUUCUACCUCUGCACCAGAUGAAAGCACCACAGCUGAAGAGGAUUCUUCUUCUGCUCCUGAAGAAAGCACAACUGUUGAAGAUUCAACCUCCGAACCUGAAGAAAGCACGACAAGUGAAAGCGAUUCAUCUUCUUCUCCUGAAGAAAGCACCACAGCUGAAGAUUCGACUUCCGCGGCACCUGAGAUAAGCACCACAGCUGAAGAUUCGUCGUCUGAACCUGAAGAAAGCACUACAGCUGAAGGCGAUUCUACUUCUGCUCCUGAAGAAAGCACCACAGCUGAAGAUUCGACUUCCGCGGCAACUGAGAUAAGCACCACAGUUGAAGAUUCGACAUCCGAGCCUGAAGAAAGCACUACAGCUGAAGGCGAUUCUACCUCUGCACCAGAUGAAAGCACCACAGCUGAAGAGGAUUCUUCUUCUGCUCCUGAAGAAAGCACAACUGUUGAAGAUUCAACCUCCGAACCUGAAGAAAGCACGACAACUGAAAGCGAUUCUACUUCUCCUCCUGAAGAAAGCACCACAACUGAAGAUUGGACAUCUGAACCUGAAGAAAACUCCACGGCAGAGGACGAUUCAUCUUCUUCUCCUGAAGAAAGCACCACAGCUGAAGAUUCUACUUCCGCGGCACCUGAGAUAAGCACCACAGCUGAAGAUUCGACGUCUGAACCUGAAGAAAGCACUACAGCUGAAGGAGAUUCUACUUCUGCUCCUGAAGAAAGCACCACAGCUGAAGAUUCGACUUCCGCGGCAACUGAGAUAAGCACCACAGCUGAAGAUUCGACAUCUGAACCUGAAGAAAGCACCACAGCUGAGGACGAUUCUACUUCUGCUCCAGAAAAAAGCACCACAGUUGAAAAUUCGACAUCCGAGCCUGAAGAAAGCACCACAGCUGAAGAGGAUUCUACUUCUGCUCCUGAAGUCACCACUACAGCUGAUGACGAUACUACUUCUGCUCCUGAAGAAAGCACCACAGCUGAAAUUUCGACAUCUGAACCUGAAGAAAACUCCACGGCAGAGGACGAUUCUACUUCUACUCCUGAAGAAAGCACCACAGCUGAGGACGAUUCAUCUUCUUCUCCUGAAGAAAGCACCACAGCUGAAGAUUCGACUUCCGCGGCACCUGAGAUAAGCACCACAGCUGAAGAUUCGACGUCAAAACCUGAAGAAAGCAGUACAGCUGAAGUUUCGACAUCUGACCCUAAUGAAAGUACCACAACUGAGGUCGAAACUACUUCUGCUCCUGAAGAAAUCACCACAGCUGAAGAUUCGACAUCAGAUCCUGAAGAAAGCACCACAGCUGAAGAGGAUUCGACGUCUGAACCUGAAGAAAGCACCACAGCUGCGGACGAUUCAUCUUCUUCUCCUGAAGAAAGCACCACAGCUGAAGAUUCGACUUCCGCGGCACCUGAGAUAAGCACCACAGCUGAAGAUUCGACGUCUGAACCUGAAGAAAGCACUACAGCUGAAGGCGAUUCUACUUCUGCUCCUGAAGAAAGCACCACAACUGAAGAUUCGACGUCUGACCCUAAUGAAAGUACCACAACUGAGGUCGAAACUACUUCUGCUCCUGGAGAAAUCACCACAGCUGAAGAUUCGACAUCAGAUCCUGAAGAAAGCACCACAGCUGAAGAGGAUUCUACUUCUGCUCCUGAAGUCACCACUACAGCUGAUGACGAUACUACUUCUGCUCCUGAAGAAAGCACCACAGCUGAAGAUUCGACUUCCGCUGCACCUGAGAUAAGCACUACGGUUAAGAAUUCGACAUCCGAACCUGACGAAAGCACUACAUCUGAGGACGAUUCUACAUCUGCUCCUAAAGAAAGCACCACAGCUGAAGCCGAUACAACGUCUGAUCCUGAAGACAGCACAGUUCAGGACGAUACUACUUCUGCUUCUGAAGAAAGCACCACAGAAAUCACCACAGCUGAGGAUGGUGCUACUUCUGCUCCUAUAGAGAGCACCACUGCUAAAGUAGAUUCUACCACUGGAUCGACGUCUAGCCCGGCGACAUCACCUUCUCCUAUACCGCCUAUGUCAUGUGCAAGUGGCGCUCCAUACUUACCGCAUCCAUCGGAUUGCCAUAAAUUUAUUCAGUGCAGCAACGGACAUGAGUACAUCAUGCAUUGUUCAGAUGAUCUCUUCUGGAACUAUCAGAUUUUCUACUGUGGGUAUGAUGACAGCGGAUGCUAUAAUAAAGUGGAUCCCGAGGAAACCGUUUGCAAGCACGGCAUGGAUUUUCUACCAGACUCAACUGAUUGUACGAAAUAUAUCCAGUGCAGUAAUGGUCAACCAAUCGUGCAGAAGUGUCCUGAGCCUUUGUAUUGGAACCAAAACCUUAAAAUAUGUGAUUGGUUCAGUAGCUCCUGCAAAACUCUACAAAAGAAUGAAAUAAUAUCUUGUAAAAUGGGUAUGAGUUUCGACGUUCUUCCAACUGACUGUUCGAAAUAUAUUAAGUGUUUUGGUGAGCGCGGUGUAAUAAUGAGCUGUAAUUCUGGACUUUUCUGGAACCCUUUGCAGGAAGUAUGCGAAAAAUCCCAGCGGUUCUGCAAAUAAUAUGUAAGCUUAAACAGUUACUCGCAUUCACUCUUGGUAGAUUUUGUUGUUAAAUGAAUUGAAGAAUAUUACAGAAAAUAUAUAAAGGCAGUACCCAUUCUUUAA